AGUCCUUAGAACUCUUCAGUUGUUGUAUUCACCGAUUUUGGUCUACACAAACCUAUUUUCUUUGACUCACACAUAAUCUGUACCCAGUCGACAAUUGACUUCGAGACACCAUGGCUGCCAACUCCAUCAAGCUUUUGACUGGUAACAGUCACCCUGAGCUUGCGAAUCUUGUGGCUGAUCGCCUCGGCAUCGAACUGACCAAGAUCAUGGUCCUUCAAUACUCCAACCAGGAGACGAGCGUGACCAUUGGUGAAAGCGUACGAGAUGAGGAUGUUUUCAUUCUGCAGUCUACUAAGCCCAACGACAUAAAUGACGGUUUGAUGGAGCUGCUCAUUAUGAUCAAUGCUUGCAAGACAGCUUCUGCGAGACGUAUCACAGCUGUGAUCCCCAAUUUCCCCUAUGCUCGUCAAGAUAAGAAGGACAAGAGCCGUGCGCCUAUCACUGCAAAACUCAUGGCGAACAUGCUCCAGACUGCUGGCUGCAAUCAUGUGAUCACCAUGGACCUUCACGCCAGCCAGAUCCAAGGCUUUUUCAACGUUCCGGUGGACAACCUGUACGCUGAACCCAGUAUUCUCAAGUGGAUCCGGGAGAACCUGGAUGUGAGCAACUGUAUCAUCGUCAGUCCAGAUGCUGGUGGUGCGAAGCGUGCCACUGCUAUCGCUGACCGUCUCGACUUGCAAUUCGCACUUAUCCACAAAGAACGCCCUCGCCCGAACGAGGUCUCCCGCAUGGUUCUCGUCGGCAAUGUUCAGGAUAAGGUCGCCAUCAUCGUGGAUGACAUGGCCGACACAUGUGGAACUCUGGCCAAGGCUGCCGAUACUGUAAUGCAGCACGGAGCCAAGGAGGUGAACGCGAUCGUCGUUCACGGUAUCCUCUCCGGCAAGGCCAUCGAAAACAUCAACAAGAGCUGCCUCAAGCGUGUUGUGGUUACCAACACUGUUCCUCACAAAGAGAAGAAAGAGCAGUGCGACAAGAUCGAGACUAUCGAUAUCAGCCCUACUCUUGCCGAGGCCUGCAGACGUACGCAUAACGGCGAGUCUGUGAGUUUCUUGUUCUCCCACGCUGUCGCUUAAAUUGCUACAGUGGGGUAGGGAUGAUCGAAAGAGAUCUUUCACUGGGACAGAGUAAAGAGAACGUUCCUUGGUUCUUCGAGUUGAAUUUCAAAUGCUGAAGGCUUUGAAAUUUGCAGUUUUUCCGCUGGCCAUGGAUCCUCUGUUUUCUGGUUUGAGACGAAGAAAUCUAUACUCUGAUAACCAUCAUAACACGAAUAAGGCCAUGAUGCAUGCACGAACAAUGGGUGGAAAAGGGAUGGUAAAUUCCGAAAAAGUUUGCGGCGCCUACGAUGAAUUGAAUUAUGCAUUUGUACAUAUACACGUACUGAAGGAGUUUUUCUUGUUCUUUUCUUUUUGUUUAUCAUGGAUAGAGGAAAUCUGAGAAUCUGACAGUUUGGCUCACGUUGCUUGCUAAUGUUACUGUUCACGGCUUGGAAGAUUGUUUGGGUUAUUGCUU